AUGGGUAAUUCAAUAGGUAUACAUGGACAGGAGUAUACGGCAGUAUUACCAGAGAGAUUGAGUGAUGAACGACUGAUGAAAUUGGAAGCAAAAACGCGAUGUUCUAAAGAUAAAAUUGAACAAUAUUAUCAAGAUUUUCGUUUAAAUCAUCCAACUGGUUAUAUAACAAAAAAAGAAUUUUUACAUGCUUAUAAGUUAUUAUUUCCACAUUCGAAACAUGCUAUGCGUGCAUUUCGAAAAGCUGAUCUGAAACAUUCGGGUAAAAUUAAUUUUUUCGAAUAUGUUAUUGCAAUGGAGCAAAAUUCGCAAAGAGAAAAAUUAACAGUACCUGGCUGUUCAUUAGGUCAAGUUACACAUUUGAUAAAAGAAGGCUCAUUAGAUUAUAUGCUGAAUGAUGCCGACGAAAUAACAUUCUUACUGGAAACGAAUAAUAUGUCCUUUGUGAGUGCCAUGUCAACAGUUGUUCUAAAUAAACUGAAACUUCUUAUACAAAUAGUUAAACGUUUAUAUCCUAAUGUAACAAUAAAUGUAUUUACAAUUCUGUUACGGCGGGAUUCCGAAUGUAUUGUGUUAUCUAUUGCUAAAUAUAAUUAUAUAAUGAGAAAAGCAUUCGAACCUGAUAGGAAAACAAGUUCAAAGAUGAAAGAAAUAUCACUACCAACGACAAAUAUAACGUUAAUCUGGAAUGAUAAAAAUAUUGAUGGUAAAGAAGAUACGAAAGAAACGUCAAAAAUGCUUUCUGACAUAAAUAAUUACGCCGUUUUCUCUACGGGAUGGGACAAAUGUGUUAAAUAA